UUCUGAGAGAGAGAUUGGAGGUUGGAGCUUGCUCUGUCAAAGGGCUCUCUAACACACACACACACACUCACCGGGACUGAACAAAGGUCGCCCUCCUGAAGGAGCUGAGCCAGGUAAACUGCGUGUUAAGUGGAGACCUGGCACUCUUUAACUUGAAAACGCUGCGGCUUUAUCGUAGCCAUUAUCGGGGCGAGGCUCUGACACCAUCUAUUGACAAUGAGUCAGAAAUGAGCCUCCAACCAACUGAGCCUUACAUGCGCAGAUUAUUCACUCGGCUUUCCUGAGCUGGAAGGGUAAAGAGAGGAAUCCGAAAAGCUCAUUCACUUCGACUACUCUCUCUCCUUUUUAAAGUUUUUUUUUUAUUUCAACACUCGAGAACACACCAGAGGAGACACCAUGCCCAAGCCAGUCAAUGUCCGCGUCACCACAAUGGACGCGGAGCUGGAAUUCGCAAUCCAGUCAGUCACAACAGGCAAGCAGCUCUUCGAGCAGGUGGUCAAGACAGUGGGCUUGCGUGAGGUGUGGUACUUUGGGCUGCAGUAUAUGGACAACAAAGGAUAUCUCACCUGGUUGAAACUGGAGAAAAAGGUUUUAUCUCAGGACGUGAAGCGUGAGAACCCCCUGCAGUUUAUGUUCCGGGCUAAGUACUUCCCCGAGGAUGUGGCUGAGGAGCUGAUCCAGGACAUCACCCGCAAACUCUUCUUCCUGCAGGUGAAGGACGGCAUCUUGAGCGACAAUAUCUACUGCCCCCCAGAAACAGCCGUCCUGCUGGCCUCAUACUCGGUGCAGGCCAAAUUUGGAGACUUCUCCAGGGAGAACCACAAGGCUGGCUAUCUCACGGCUGAACGGCUGCUGCCCCAGAGAGUACUUGAUCAACACAAACUCUCCAAAGAACAGUGGGAGGAGAGGAUCCAGGUUUGGCAUGAGGAACACAGAGGCAUGCUUAAGGAAGAUGCUAUGCUGGAGUACUUAAAGAUCGCGCAGGAUCUGGAGAUGUACGGCGUGAACUACUUUGACAUCAAGAACAAGAAAGGAACAGAGCUGUGGCUGGGCGUGGAUGCUCUCGGACUUAAUAUCUAUGAAAAAGAUGACAAACUGACACCAAAGAUUGGAUUCCCGUGGAGUGAAAUCAGGAACAUUUCUUUCAAUGACAAGAAGUUUGUCAUCAAACCCAUUGACAAGAAGGCUCCUGACUUUGUGUUCUACGCUCCCCGUCUGCGCAUUAACAAGCGCAUUCUACAGCUGUGCAUGGGCAACCAUGAACUGUACAUGCAGCGCAGGAAGCCUGACUCCAUUGAAGUGCAGCAGAUGAAGGCCCAGGCCAGGGAGGAGAAACACCAGAGGCAGAUGGAGAGGGCUCAGCUGGAAAAUGAGAAGAAGAGGAGGGAAACCAUUGAGAGAGAAAAGGAAGAGAUGGAGAGAGAGAAGAGAGAGAUGUUAAUGAGGCUUUCUCAGUUCGAGGAGCAGGCCAGAAAAGCAGAGAGAGACCUGCGGGACCAGCUGGAUAGGGCUAAACGGCUGGAGGAGGAGAGGAGGAAGGUGGAGGAGGAGGCCGCUCGUCUGGAGGCUGAGAGACAGGCAGCUCUUCUGGCUAAAGAGGAGCUGGCCAGGCAGGCUGAGGACCAGGCCAAGAGCCAGGAGCAGCUGGCUGCUGAACUGGCUGAAUACACGGCAAAGAUCGCCCUGCUGGAGGAGGCCAAGAGAGUGAAGGAAGAAGAGGCAAAUGAAUGGCAGAACAGGGCUAGAGAGGUGCAGGAUGACCUGCUGAAGACUCGUGAGGAGCUACAGCUGGUGAUGACCGCUCCUCCACCUCCAGCAGCGGCUCCAGCCAUGAUUGUGGUGGAGGACGUUCAUGUGGAGGAGGCAGAGGUUGAGCAGGAGGACCACGAUGAAAACUCGAGGACCUACAGUGCUGAGCUCCUGGUAGAGACCAUUCAGGACAACCGCAAUGAGGAAGAGCGUCUCACAGAGGCUGAGAAAAACGAGCGUGUGCAGAGACAGCUCUUGGCCCUGAGCUCCGAACUGGCCGACGCAAGGGAUGACGACAAGAAGACUCAGAAUGACAUCCUGCACAUGGAGAACAUGCGUGCCGGCAGGGACAAGUACAAGACCCUCCGCCAGAUCCGCAUGGGCAACACCAAGCAGAGGAUAGACGAGUUUGAAGCCUUGUAGAGACUGAUCACAUCUCUGAACAACCACAGCAACCACACCCUGCCAGCUUCUGGGGUGCAUCUGUAACAUUAUUGCAAAUGGUUUCACUUUAUAAUAGGAAUCCAAGCACCUCUUUUCUAGUCUUUCUUGUGUUAUUUAAUCUCUGUUGGGCCAUUUGGACAGGCUUGGAUUUUUUGCCAUAUGAGGAAAAGGGUGAACUAAAGCAGUUUAAGGUGGAUGAGCAUAGCGGUAGCCGUUAGAGGAAGGGCACAAACAUUACAAUCCACCAGAAUUCAGUUUUACAGAAUAGAAAAUAGCUUAUGUUAACCAUAAACAGGACUGUUUUUACUUCUUAGUCUCUUAUUAUGGCACUGGGUGGUGUUACGACAUUAGAACACUACAUUGACUUGGCUGAACACCUGCAUUAGGCCAAGACCAUAUUUAUGUCCAUCGUGUCAUAGUCUUAUAAAACAAUGUUUUUUGUUUGUUUUUGUUCUUUUUCUAGUUUAGUGCCAAUUGCUGCCACUAUUUUGAUCAUAUAAGAUAACCACCCUGUCAUAAAUUAAGUAGUGUUGCUCAAUGUACACAAUCCUGAAUGCACACAUAUAUUCAUUUUCACUUGUAAGUUGAUGCAGAGUGGAACAAAAAAAUGAGAGACAGGUGUUUUUCUUGAUGAUUUGAUUCUCCAAUCUUUUUGAUCAGUGCCUUAAUGAAAUGCUGCGAAUGUAUAAAUCGUGGAGCAAGAAUGUCUAUGAAUUCUAUAUGAAUGAUUUUUAAAUUGCUGGAUUUGUCCUAAUGUUGAAUUUAUGUCAUAAAGUAUCACAGUUACAGCGAAGACUCAGACACCCUUUAUACUACCCCGAACAUGUAUUAUUGUGACACAAAGGGAGUAAAAAAGAAUAUCUUUUCUAGAAAAUAAAGAACCACAAUCCAGGCGCUGAUAAAACAGA